AUGGGAUCGGCAAGUUCCUGCAUCCAAUCCCUGCCUCCUUUGAGGGACUUCUUUCACCCCACACUGGAUGCAUACAUGGUCACACUCAACAUCUUUCAGUACUUCCCCCUUGUCUCUGUCAUCCAAUGGCUCACGGCCUUCCAUCCAGCUGGGAAAACCUCGCUGAAGAGGUCGUACCUCAACUUCCCCGGUCGACUCGGAUGGUUCAUCAUGGAGAUCGUCGGUCCUGUCAACCUGCUCUACAUCCUCUGGACUCUCCCCCCAACCCUGAACAUUACCUCUCUCCCCUACCCUAAUAAGCUCGCUGCCUCGCUUUAUAUCAUUCACUACAUCAAUCGCGCCAUUAUCUCCCCUUUCUUCGCCGCACCCAGCAUGUCCCCUAUCCAUGCCUUCGUCGUGUUCUCCGCCGUCCUCUUCAACUGGCUCAACUCAACCUGCCUGGCCGGCUGGAUUGUCGGAUAUCAAAUCCCUAUUGCCAUCCCAUCAUAUACGUCCACAUCUCACCCAGUCACAAUGGACCCCUCUCCUUCCUCUUCCACCCUCCUCCCCUCCCUUGGCAUGUGCCUCUUCCUCCUCGGAAUGGCAGGCAACAUCCACGCCGAACGAACCCUCUUCCGACUGCGUCGUGAGGAAGCCGAAACCCGGCAUAGCAAGAAAUCCUCCUCGGCGCAGCCCAACGGUACCAGCAGCCAAGACAGCAGCAACAAAUUCUCUAAAGUCUACGUCAUUCCCCCGCCCACCGGGCUCUUCCGCUCCAUCCUCUACCCGCAUUAUGUCUGCGAAUGGCUCGAAUGGCUCGGUUUCGCGCUCGUUGGGACAGCCGUUCUCCCCGUCCCUUCUGCGCUGGGGGGUGUUGCGGCUGCGUCCUCUUCGUCGUCCCUCGUUCUAGCGCCGUGGGUUGUGCCGUUUGCUCUGGGGGCGGAAAGGCUGCGCCUGGGACUGCCGUUGCCAGCGGUGCUGUUCUUUGUGAAUGCGGUGGCCAACAUGUUGCCGCAUGCGCGAUGGGGGAGGAAAUGGUAUGUGGAGCGGUUUGGAGCGCAGAGGGUUGCGGGAAGGGGCGCUGUGGUGCCGUUUUGUGGGUGGUUGUGA